AAGGUACUGUUUUAAGGUCAAUAACGAUGAACUAGUCAAACGUUGAGCAUGUACUUUUGUCACCACCAUAUGUUUAGUAGAUUUCUAUGGGUUGUCUUGGGCGAACAUUAGAAUGUGGUUUUGGAGCGUAUCCGUGCUUCUUGUGUUGUGUAAAAAAUUCUAGAGAAUCGACCACAACACGACUUACUUACACACUUAUUCUUGUGUUUAUUACAUUUAUAUCAAUUGCAUCUCAUGAGGGUGGAGUUUUAAGUUCGCUGUAUCUCAGACAUAGAGACAGUUUUGAGCGGUUUUGCUCUCAGAUUGGAGCUGGUGAAGGAUGUUACAGAAUUAUAGGAUAUAUUGGGGUUUAUCGUAUAUGUCUUUCUCUCUUCACUUUUCAUAUCUUGAUGACACUUCUUACCAUCGCAGUCUCUUCCAGUCAGACGUUCAGGGGAAAAAUUCAUAAUGGGUACUGGUUGUGGAAAUUAUUCUUUAUUGUCAGUGUGUGGAUAACUGCUUACUUUUUCCCAUACUUGGAAACUCUCACCAGAGUGUGGAUGAUUAUGGGAAUCGUUGGUGGGAUUUUAUUUGUCUAUGUACAACACAUAACGCUUAUCGACUUUGCUUAUGAAAUAAAUGGAAAUUGGCAUAAUAAAUCGAAAACUUCAAUUUUUUAUACAUUAGCUAUAUAUAUUGCUACCUUGUCACUGUACGCUGUAGCUAUUUGUGCUUAUACUGCCUUUGUACUCUUCUACGGUUUACCUCGUCAAUGUACAUUAAAUCUAACUGUCACUGGUAUUAACGCAGGUCUUACAUUACUAUUUGCUAUAUGCUCUGCAUUUUCUACCAUAUUAAGAAAAGGUCAAAUGUGGUUACCAGGUGCAAUCACUUCUGCAUUUGUAGCUUUUCUAACAUGGUCAGCUUUAGGCAGUCAACCAAGAAUUUUAUCGUCGAAUUUUCCGUGGCAGAAACAAACAGUGAAAAAGAUGAACGAUGUACAACAGCGAGAUCGAAAUCUUACUAUUCAUCCGCUAGUUGUUGUUGCAGAUCAGUUGAAUCGUUUAUUAUCUGAUCAAUUCACUCAAACCACUAAUCAAGUCAAAACAUCACCAGCAUUGACAUCUGAAUCGAAACCAAAUAUUACUGACUCAAUUGUUUUAAUUAAUGAAUGCCUACCUGGUGGUGUGAAUAAAAUCAGUGAACAUUUAGGCAAAGAUAUUGUUACAUUGUUAGGAAUAACAGUUGUGAUCAGUGGAUUUGUAUAUUCAAGUUUCCGUGCAUCUAUGCAAGCAAGACGUUUAGGUAUUCGAACACGAAGAGAGCGUUUGAAAGCCGUCCUACCACCUAUUCACGCAAAUAGCCAAUUUAAUGAAUCUCCUCUACAAUCUUCCAAUAAUAACAAACCUAAUCAGUCUUCCAAUCCACUUGUAACCAAUGACUUGAAUAAAUCUCCAAUACGUUUUAUGAAUUAUAAAGAUGUAAAACGACAAGAGCAUGCAUUAAAUCUACUUGCUGACGCUGUGGCUGAUUUACCUAAUCCAAAGGUUUUCCGUAGACCUUCAGCACGUCAACCUCGAUUAAAUUUACAAACUCUUAAUACAUCAGAUGUAAUAUCUCAGAACAUAGGGAAUAAUGUAGGCAAUUGCGGUGUAAAAAAUACAAAGAAUAAAUUAUCCUCAUCUCAUAAUAAUGAUGUUACUGACAACAAUCACAAUGUUACUACUACUGCUACUCCUACUACAACUACUGGUAAAUCUACUUUACGCUUAGCAUCCUCUGAACCGGAUUUGACAAUUACUAUGAGAAAUUAUUCACGUCAACGUGGUGAUAUACGUGAUUUAGAUUGGUCAAUAAUUAAUAAUGAUGGUAAUAAAAAUAAUAAAUCAUCAAAGCACAAAACUGAUAAACGAUCCCGUGAACAUUCAUUGACUUCAUUGAAUCAUCGAAUUGGUUAUUUACGUCAUAAAAAACUGAAACGAUCUAAAAGUCAAUUGAAAUCAACAAAUGUUUUAAAUGACAGUAAAAUUAAUGAUAUACACGGUAAUAAUAGUUUGUUAACUUUUGGUGAAGGUGAAGAUAAUGAUAAUUCAAUAUUGAAAGAAACAAAACCUUCUUCUAAACUUCAUUUUCGAAAAAAAAUUAAAAAAACAUGGCGUGGAACAUGUCGUUUAAAUUCACAUGAAAAACGAAUUGUUAAUGAUUUAUACUUAUUUAGUGCUGAUAAUCUCCCUGAAAAAGUUGGUCCGAACAUUUACUUAUCUGUUAGUCCAACAACAAAUAAUCCCAUACCAAUGUUAGCUAAUGUUGUUAGACGAUCACCAUUAUCUAGUAAAUACUAUCCACAACCAUUGAAUUUAUCAACAAAUUUGUCAUCUAGUCAACAGACGCAACUACAACAGCAUCCACCUCAUGAUGAUAUUGAAUGUUCUGCGUUGACAUCACCUAAUCAUUUAAGAUAUCGUCAAGCUAGAUGGGCCAGUGAAAUAGCAUUGAAUAAACGUACUAGUGGAUUAUUUAAUAUAGAACCUGGACUAGUCAAUUCACUAAGUUUCCUUGGAACUAUGCUAAAUACUGCUGCACCGCGUGAUGGUUAUACGACUUAUAAUGAAGCGAUUGCUUCAGUUUACUCUUAUCCGUGGUUUCAUUUCAUUUAUGCCUUGGCCACUUUAUAUUUAAUGACUCAAUUAACUAAUUGGUACAAGUAAGUUUACCCUUUUAUUCAUUAUUUUACGUUUGCGUUUUGAUAAAUGAGAGUGUGACUGUUUAAACCUGUACUAGUAACAUGGCUCAACCUAUUUUAAUUCACCGAGGAUAAUUAGGAUUUUAUUAAUCAAAUUUCAUGUUGUGUUUUAGUAUUCAGAUGUUAGACAUUAAAAACACGAAGUUCAGCUAAGGGAUCUCUUUACAACGGGUUUAUUAUCAAAUUGAGGACAUAUGAGGAAUGAAUUAACACGAUGAUGUAAUGGAAAGGCUAUAAUUCUAGAUUGUAUAAUGUAGAUAAUAACAAUAAAAGAUCGUGUAUGUAGAAAUUAAAAGCCUUGUAAAAGUAAUAAGUUGACAAUGGAUUAUUAUGUGAAUGGAAUAAAGUAAUUGAAUUGUUUUUGUUGCAAUAAUUAAAGGUAAUUGAAGAUUUAAAGGAACUGAAGUGAUAUCAAAAACAGUUAUGAAUAAAAUCAUGGUGAUAUUUUCAAAUGCGAAACAAAACAGUGACAAUAAUCUUAGUUUAAGACAAUAGUAAAGAUAAGGAUAAGACGUAUUCCAUUUUUACACACAGUUCUGGCUUCAUUUCAUGAAUGGCAAUUACUGUGGAUGGUUUAAGAAGAUGAGUACAAAGAAAUCUAGGGAGAUUUGGACGAAUUGUAUAAACAACUUUAAAAUCAAUCUGUGAAUCAGUUGAGUGGUUGGCAUCCAUUGAAUCUUCAGGACUGAAACUUCUAACUGCUUUCCUCUUAUCCUUGUAAAACCAUACUGGAACAUGCCCUCGUAUCCGAGUUGUAAGCAGGCUCUGGCUACAACCUAUAUACGUCACGCCAUAAGAGCAGGUGAACUGGUAGAUGCACAUAGGGGCGACCAAAAGAGAAAGCUUAUCCUUUGGGGAGAUGGAAAUCCAGUUUAUACUUCUCUAUGAAGCUGCUUGGAUAACCGUUCGCAGAUAUUAUGUAAUUAAUAUUACAAGUCGUGUUGAAAGAUUUCAACUUAAAAUCAGGCUAAUCAUGAACAAUUAACGUAGAUUUCCUGAAUUCGACAGAUCUUAUGAAAUACUGGAAUGAUAUUUGUCAAUGUCUAAAGCAAUUAAAACUACGGAAAACUGAGCAAGCUGUUAAUCGAAAAAUCAAUUUAAAAUCAAGUUAGGAUGUAAGAUUCUGAAACAAGUUGAGAUUUUUACUGACAAAUUAUGGAAAAUUUAAGUACAAUAAUUACAUACUAUCUUCUAUUAAUUACUCAUGAUUACAUGACUCUAAAAUAUUUUAUAAAUACUAUGCCAAUACUACUCAUCUUUAUUGAAAAACUACAUGAGAUUACGUCUACUUAAUUCCGUAAAUUGGAUUCAAAUUUACUGUUUACCUCAAGUUAUGAUGUUCUACUGACGCCAAUUAGAACGGUGAUUUAAUUGAUUAAAGCGCUAGAGUUUUGAUGUAUUUGUUUAAAUCGUGCUCCGUUUGUUUUUAGGCAGCCGUAUAGCAUCAUUCACUUACAAUCGAUUGAUUGAUGAUUGAAUAGUGAACAAUAUUGUGUUUAUCUAAUCCUUUAGUCCUAAUUAAAUUCUACCAAUCAAUUUGUAAUCCGGUCACUAGUCUAAGUGAGAUUUUAUGUAGGUGGAGGUAGUCGGCAGUAAACCUUUCUUGGCCUAAGUUUUGUACUAGCUAGCACUCACCUUCAGUCUUGGGAGUACUGAUGGUUCCUGUGGGAUUCGAACCCGUAUCACUCAGCCUCACUGUUUGUAAAGUUAUCGCUGAGCUAUUUGGGUUCCCAGUGAUGAUUUUAAAACUGUAGAAAGUAGAGCGAAUCAUAAUGUUGUUUACAGUGUUAUUUUUUUAUAUUUUAUGUUUCUAAAAACAAUUAGUCCACAAAUUUCACGUGUCGAUACUUUAUCAGAAUCAUGGGCAAAUAUGUGGAUGAAACUGGCAUCUAGUUGGUUAGCUUUAAUAUUGUAUGCAUGGACUAUAGCUUGUCCACGACUGUGUAUUGGUCGAAAACUUGGUGCAGUUCCGUUUACACCGCGUACACCACGUGCUAAAGUCUCACAAACUAUGCCAAUUGUUUAGUAUGUUUGUGUGGGAGAGAGAAAGAGUUUGGAAGCUGACCUAUCCAAUUUUUGUGUAGAGAUUAUUCUUCUCUAAACGAAAGAUUGUCUUCUGUGAUAUUUUUGGUGUUUUUUCUACCAACAUAUGUCAUGAAGUGAAUACAAUGAAAAGACAAAAUUAACAUUUACCUUUACAAGUAUUAUGACAUCAUAUAUGUAUCUCAAAGAUCGCAUUUUUCACAAAAUAUUGCAUAAGUUCUUUAUGCGUUUCCAUUGAGAAAGAUCCUUCUGUCAACAAUAUAUAUAGAACGACAUGAAACUCAUAUUUAAGAGUUUAUUGAUGGAAUAAUGUACCCUUUGCUUUGUUUAUAUUUAACUGUGUUUUAAAAAAGUUCACUUCACUUUGACGAAUUAUAAAUAAUAAUAAAAUCCAAACUA